AUGAGCUUCCCAGAUGCUGUGACACUGGGGUUUGGUGUUACUAGCGCUGCCCUAGGGCUUUAUCAAAGUCUUAAACUUGUUCUGCCUGUCUCCCCAAUUUCAGUUUAUUUCAUGAGCUUCAAAUUUGCCAAGCUGUCUGGCUAUGAAGUUCUUACCACAUACUCCCCUCCCAACCUUAAACAGGUGAAAGAGUUUGAUGCCGAUAUCCUAUUUGAAUAUAAUGAUCCAAACACUGCCGACGCGAUCAGAGAAAGAACGAAGGAUGGGCUCACUUUGGCGUUCGACACCAUUUCCUUGGAGAGCAGUGCGAGCAGUGCCAAGUACUAUGACAUGAGAAUGUCAGGACCGGGCUACCAUGGCCUAUACGGUGGUGAGAGCUUCAAGUUCGGCCCAAACGAAAUCCCAGCUCGGCAAGAUGAUAGGGCUUUCUCUGAGCAAUUCUGUGGUAUCUUUGAGGACUUGCUGGCAGCUGGAAACAUCAUGGUACAUCCUCCUAGGGUUGGUGAUGGUGAUGAUUUGAAGGAUGUUUUGGAAGGUCUUGAUCUCCUGAGAGAGGGCAAAAUCAGUGGAGAGAAGCUUGUAUAUAACAUUGCAGAGCAUGCUCUCUAA